AUGGUGGCCCAGGUUGUGAACUCCGGCGAGCCUACGACGGAGCCAUGGUUCAAACCCAAGAAAGGAAGCGUAAUUCCGGCAAAGAGAAGGUCGGUGAAGAAGAUGAUGUUGGACACCAUAGUUCAAUCUGUUGCUUGUCUAUUUCGAUCUUCUUCUUCUUCAUGUUCCUCUGGAAUACCACUGUCUGAAAACUGUGGCAGUUCUAAUAUGAUUUCACCAGACACAGCAUCAAAGGCAAAGACAGAUGAGAACAAGAAGACAAUGAUGAAGAAGAAGAAGGAGAAGAAACCCAGUCACAAGGGUGUCUUUCCACAGCAUAUUUAACUUGCAAUUGUAAUUUUUGCUGCCCACUUUAAUGUAGAUUAUCUGCCAAUGUACUCUUUCCUUUUCUUUUUUUCUUUUCCUGAUUUCCGGGUAUUUUUUGUUCUUUAAUUUAUUCC